GAAACAAUAUCACAAUCUAAGGAGUCCUGUUCUGAGAUUCAUGUGUGUGUUAUCAAGAAUUUUUGGAUGACUACUAUUUGUGAUCUCACCUGACGUGGCUUUAUUGUUGAUUUCAUUUGGAAGUUUGUUUAGAAAUUCAUAACUGGGAUUUUCUGUUGUGGAAAGUGUUGAAAAUCUAGUGAAUUGGCCAUGUCCAACUGCAAUUUUCCAAUUUGUCUCUCACCCACAGAGGAAAACAGUGAAGAUGCUAAUAAAACUAAGCAGCUACCACGGGAAAAACCACUGAAGGUAUCGUACAAGAAUAAAAUGAAAGCUAAACGUGCCCUAAUUAAGCCGGGUGAAGUAGCAACCGUGAUUGAUUUACAGACUGAAAACAAAGAAAAUGUCAAUCCAUUUCAUGGAGCUGAAAAUCAAGGCGUUGGAAAACAACAGGAAGUCAUGAAGAAAAUUGAUUCUAAGAAAUCCGGAGAUGUAAGGGUUGAUAAAAAUAAAACUGUACUGAGUGAUUCAGAUGCUUCAACGAAGGAAGGGAAGAUCACUAGGAAAAAUGUGUUGAAGUCUAGGAAUGACAGUGAAACUCUGAAAAACAUACCUUCAAGAUCAGAUUUGGACGAUAUUAAAGUUUUGAAGGAUUUGGGGAGAAAUAAAAAUAAGAAAGAGACUGAUGGUGGGAAUGUUAAUGUUGAAAAGGACAAAAAUCAGAAAGUGGCGGAGAACAAAGUGAAUGAAUGUGAGAAGCAGAGAAAAGAGAACGUUAGAAGGAAAGUGAAAGGGAAAGUUGUUAAGAAUCGAAGAGAUAGCGAUGAUCUUUUCAAAA